UUGGUCUCUUCGAGCGAAUUUAGUGUAAAAGCAGCGGCAACAGUUCACGCUGAUUCAACAAUUCAAGACAGUACUUACAACAAUCAGACAAUCACAGGCUGAAAAGUGUAGUGCAAAUCAUUUAUUCUUCCAAACCAUAAUGAAGCCGACAAUAGUAUUAAUGUUACUAUUACUUUACAAAACGAUCAAGACGGAAGACAUAACAGUUACAAAUGUAAAUAACUUAUUAUUACCUAUCAAUUUAGGAACUAGUAAUCUUAUAUAUACUAAACAUACUUUCAUCUACUAUAUAGAUUUAGAAUUCAUUCAUAAACAAAUCAAUAAUUUAAAACAAUAUUAUUAUAACUUAAGAAAUAAUUUAUCUCAAGCGAACGCAACAAAUCCUAUUUCAUACCAUAACUUAGCUGAACAAUCUUUGAGUAGAACAGAAAUUUUAAUUAACACUUUAGAUAAAAAAUCAGAAAAUAUUUAUCCACAUUUAAGAUUAAAAAGAGGAUUAAUAAAUAAUGCUGUAGGCAAAAUAGAUAAAUGGCUUUUUGGAACUUUAGAUUCGGAUGAUGAAGAAAGAUAUAAUAACGCUAUAAAUGUUCUACAACAAAAUCAGAAACAAAUAAUUCACGAAGUUAAUUUACAAAUAUCAUUACAUAAAAAAUUAAUUGAUCAUUAUAACAAGUCGAUUACGACUCUAUGGGAUAAUCAAUGGAAACUUUUUGAUAAUAUAGAGAAAUUUCACAUUUCAAUUGAAAAUAAAAUAAUAACUUUGAACUAUUUUAUAACAUUUCAAAGUACAAUUGCACAAAUUAAUCUGGAUUGUCAGAGUUUAAUUACACUAAUUGAUAAUAUCGAGAAUGCAAUAACGUUUUCUAAAUUAAAUACAAUUCAUAGUUCAGUUAUAUCAAGCCAAGAAAUUUUAGAAAUGAUAAAAUAUUUAAGUACCAUUUAUAAUAAAGAACAAAUACCAAAAUUUAAUAAUAUUUUGACAUAUUAUCUCUUUCUUGGUUCACAAGUAACCUUUUCCAAAUCUAAAAUAAUUUUUGCUACCCAUGUUCCAAUCCUUAAACCUAAAACCUAUGAAUUUUUCCAUUUAUACCCCGUAAUUCAAAACCAUACAAUAUUUAUCCCUCCGCAACCUUACUUGUCAGAAGUCAAAAAGAAGUUACUUUCAUCAAAGAAGAAUGCCCCGAAUUAGAAGAAAAUAUUAUUGUAAAGAAACUUUCAAAUUACAAGAUAACUGUACUAUUGAACUGCUAAAUGGACAUUCCGGUAAAAAUUGUGUUAUUAGUGAAAUUAAUCUUCAAGAAACAAUAUUGGAACAAGUAACAAAUAAUGAACUUUUAGUGAUUCCAAAUUUAGAAACUGAUGUAAUUUCUAAAUGUGUAUCAGAUCGCUAUUUUAAAUUAAUGUAUCCAUCACUUAUAAAAAUUCCAAAACAUUGUAAUAUUCAAGUAGGAAGUGAAAUUUUCUCAACCAAUGUACAAAUUAAAAAAGGGAAAUCAAUAAUAUUACCGAAAUUAAACUUUAAAUUUUUGAAUAAUCAAAUUUAUAAAUCUCCUAAUUUAACUAAUAUAGAUUUUAAUAAAUUAUAUGAAAUUAAUAACAUUGCUAAGAAUAUAAAACCAAUCCAUGAAAUUCAUAAUCCGCAAAGCCAUAUAUCAAUAGGACUAUUUACUGUAAUAAUAAUAAUUUGUAUAAUUUUAAUAAUAUUUUGGAUAAUUCGAAAAUAUAAAUAUAAGUUUGUAAGAAAACAGAAAAUAGAAGAAAUGAAGAAAGAAGACAUCGAAUUAGAAGAGGAAGGAAAACAAAGGAUGAAAAAUACCUCCGUCAUUUUUCAUUCUUAGGGAUGGAGGAGUUACAUGCGAAGAAUUCCUGAAGGACAUUUUUAAAACAAUACCAUUGUAUCAAAUAUCAUAAACAUGUAUCAGCAUUUAUUCUAUUUUUGUAUCAAAUAACGUAAACAUGUAUCAGCAUUAUUUUAUUAUAAAUAAGAUGUUUGUAAACAAUUCGAUGAUAUUUAAUGUUUAUAAUUAGUUCGAUCUUGAGAUUAAUUGUAUUCAUAUAAAUAUUCAAAAAAUAAAGUUUUUUAAAAAUA